AUGACCGAAGAGGACACCGCCACCUCGCGCGCCUUAGGCGUGAACGAACUCCUCGAGAUGGUGCUCUCUCACCUCGACGUCGCCACCCUUAUGGACGCCCGCCGUGUCUGCAAGACCUGGCACGCCAUGGCCGAGUCCUCUGUCGCCCUCCAGCGGCGCCUCUUCCUCCAAGUCGCGCCCACCUACGACGGCCGCGACCUUUUCGAAUGCUGCAACUACAACCUCAUCUACACCACCCCCGACUGCUGCAGCAUCAAGCCCGGCCCCAUCUACACCGACGGCUACUUCAACUGCUUCUGGGAGGAGGCCAUCCACACCGAGUACUACGAAUACGACGUCACCUUCUUCCUCCGCAACACUAAGAAUCACGCCUUGCAUAGACCGUGGGGUGCGCAGGUGGAGGAGCCGAUAUGGUAUAGGAUGUUGCUGUUUCAGUACCCGUUCAAGCUUGGGAAGGUGAAGGUUAAGGUGGAGCUGUAUGAUCGGGACGUUGAGGAGUUGGAGGUGCCGAUUGAGGGUGAUAAGGCUGGGGUGAGGUUCAGGGAUGUUUGCGAGAGGGUUUUGGCGGUGGCGAGGCAGUGGGGGUUGGAGAGGGCGAUGGGGAGGGAGUAUAUUCAUGGAAGGGAGAGGUGGUAG